AUGAGAGCGACAUAUCUCUUCCGGGACAAGGAGACAUUGCGGAUGUUCAACAUCACCACAUCCCUGCUCGUCCUUUCAGCUGCCAUGACCACACGACGCUCUCACCGCCGGUCAAGCAUUCCAGCCGAAAACGACUCUCGCACCGAGAGUUUUGCCCAGGACCUUUUGGGCCGAGGGCGCGUGACUCGUACGUACGAAGUACUCCAUGAGAACAGGGACAAGAAGGUUGCUCCAACAGACGAGCAUCGCUCGACCAUGCCUAGACCUGGAUCAUCGAAGGGAACUUUACCCGAGGCCAAAAAGGCCAGCUCACCUCUGGCUGCGGUGUGCACUCUGCAGCAUGACACUUGGCCGAAAUCCUUCCCUGUUCGGCGCGGUCAUGAAGACGAACUUGAUUCUGCACAUCUUCACAACGCACCUCCUCUGCGGAGCCUGAGCCGGUAA